AGCUCUCCAUCUGACGAUCUGAAGCAGUGCUUGGCAUCGGAACGAAGGAAAGUACCCAGUGCCGACGGCCUUGUGUUAGCAUCUCUAGCGUAUCGCGCAAAAUGUCUUGAUUGGCUGCCCCAUCUUUGAAUUCCGAUAUGGCCAGUAAUGUUCCCUUGCGCGUUCACUCUACGUGUGUUGAGGAGAAGUCAUAGUCAGCUUGGAUCGAAGUACAUUCUAUAAAAUCAUAGAACUCUGUCCAUUUUUGUCUUUCUUACAGCACUUUUCUCGUACAACACAAGAAUCUUCUCCUUCAUCAAUUCUCAAGAUGUCCGCAGUAGCAGAGAUAGUAAAUCAAACGUGGGAGACAAUCGCCAAUAAAUACCGAGAGCAAACAUCAGCCAAGAUCCCGUCUGAAUGGCUGCUUCCCUCUUCGAUCACGUCUACGGUUUCUGAAACCUCGGUUCAGAAUGUCCUUUCCAUCCCCAGAACUUGUGGGAUCCUGAGCGAGCAGGAGAUUGAGAUUACGGAGAAGUACGAUGCCGUAACUCUUGCGGAAAUGCUGAAAGAAGGGAAGGUGAAGAGUGUGGAUGUUACACGGGCGUUUUGUAAGAGAGCUGCUGUUGCUCAGCAAUUGACAUACUGUCUUACAGAAACGAUGUUCGACGAAGCGCUCGAGAGAGCAAAGUACUGCGACGAUUAUCUUGCCAAAGAAGGCAAGCCAUUAGGUCCUCUUCAUGGCUUGCCUAUUUCUCUCAAAGAUUCAUUCAACGUAAAAGGCUUCAAAAGCACAAUCGGCUACGUCUCCUUUAUAGCCAACGAACCAUCCACCACCAACUCAGCACUCGUCUCCAUCCUCCUCAAUCUCGGAGCAGUCCUCUACGUCAAGACCAACAUCCCGCAAACUCUCAUGACAGCAGACUCCCAAAACAACAUCUUCCUCCGCACCCUGAACCCCAAUUCGCUUCACCUGACCGCAGGCGGCAGUUCGGGCGGAGAAGGAGCCCUCUCCGCAUUGAAAGGCUCCAUCCUAGGCGUCGGGACAGAUAUAGCAGGCUCGAUCCGUAUCCCGGCCUACUGCAACGGCGUAACGGGAUUCAAGCCCUCAACACGCCGUAUCCCGUAUGGAGGCCAAACAGGACCCGGUAGAGUGGGAAGUUGGGCCAUUCUUGCUAGUGCAGGACCCAUCUGUCGUUCUGUCUCUGAUGCUCAUUUCUUCUGCAAGAGCGUGCUUUCAGCUGACUGCUGGGUAUUUGACGAAACUGUCGUCUCGGCACCAUGGCGCUAUCUCCAGCCGAUGGGAAAGAGACUCAAGUUGGGGUACCUCAAGGAACAUGCUCGUUGGCCUCUAUCUCCUACUCUUUCCCGCGUUUUUGAUGAAGCAACAAAGGCGCUGAGUGCAGCAGGCCAUGUGAUGGUCGAUAUCGAGCCGUUGUUGCCAAAGGAUAUCAUGGUCGAUGCUAUGGUUACGGCGUUCAAGAUGUUCUCUCUGGAUCCAAAGCAGACGCCUUUUAGUAUUAUCAAGAAGAGUGGAGAGCCAAUUAUUCCUAGUAUUGGGACGAUUGUGGUGGAGGAGAUGAAGGGGUUUGUGCCGGAUUUGGAUGCGGUUUGGGAUCUGAAUGUUGAGGCGAAGGCUAUGAAGGAGAAGGUUCGGGAUUUGUGGGUUAAGGAGGGAUUGGAUGCGAUUUUGAUGCCGGUGUACCAAGGCACGGCACCGAAGCACGACAAUUAUGGUGCUCCACCUUACACGGUGUUUGCCAACCUGUUGGACUACCCCUCAGUCUCAAUCCCCUUCCUGAAAAGCAACAAGAAACUCGAUGAGCCAUACAUCAGGAAAGGUGUCACAUACGCACCUGCUUAUGAGUCGGAAGCUUGUGAGGGUGUGCCAGGUGGAUUGCAGAUCUUGGGACGUAAUAUGAGGGAUGAGGAGUGUUUGGAUGUCGCCGGUGUGGUGGAGAGUAUCUUGAGGAUGGCUGAGAGGAAGAUAGUUUAGAUGGGUCUGGAAAUAGAAGAUACCUAGAGAUUGACAUUCUCAGGUAACGAGAGUUAAGGGUCCAGGCUCUGUUAGAAGAGAUCAAUGUCCCCACUUUCAGGGUGAUUUUCAACUUUGGGACAUCAUGACUGGAGGCUGGCCUCCAUGCUGAUUAGCCUCGUAUGAACUCAAUUGAGUUAUCGUAGCCAUGGUGACUUGAGAUGAAAGUGGCUGGAGCACUUGCUCUUUUUGAAUGUCCGUCUUGGUGAUUAUGGUAGUUAGUCAUUACGGAUCUUUUGUUGUCAAUAUUCACCCAACUUUCUAAGGAGAUUGUAUCAUCAGUACUCCUUGACAAUCGG